AUGUCAUCCAGGCCUUUUGAAAGUCCACCUCCCUAUAGACCUGAUGAAUUCAAACCGAAUCAUUAUGCACCCAGCAAUGACAUAUAUGGUGGAGAGAUGCAUAAUCGCCCAAUGCUUUCUCAGCCAGCAUAUUCCUUCUACCCAGAAGAUGAAAUUCUUCACUUCUAUAAAUGGACUUCUCCUCCAGGAGUCAUUCGGAUUCUGUCUAUGCUCAUUAUCGUGAUGUGCAUUGCCAUAUUUGCCUGUGUCGCCUCCACGCUUGCUUGGGACAGAGGCUAUGGAAAUGGUUUACUGGGCGGUGGCAUGAACUACCCUUACGGAAGUGGCUUUGGUGGUUUUGGAAGUAGUUAUGGUUACGGUUAUGGCUACGGCUAUGGAGGAGGCUACACAGAUCCAAGAGCAGCCAAGGGCUUCAUGCUGGCCAUGGCCGCCUUUUCUUUCAUUGCGGCAUUGGUGAUAUUUGUUACCAGUGUUAUAAGAUCUGAAAUGUCCAGAACAAGAACAUACUACUUGACUGUAAUAAUAGUGAGUGCCAUCCUGGGCGUCAUGGUGUUUAUUGCCACAAUCGUCUACAUAAUGGGAGUCAAUCCAACUGCCCAAUCUUCUGGAUCUAUGUACGGUUCUCAAAUCUACGCUCUGUGCAACCAGUUUUAUACUCCUGCAGUCUCUGGACUCUACAUCGAUCAGUAUUUGUAUCACUACUGUGUGGUGGAUCCUCAAGAGGCUAUUGCAAUUGUACUGGGAUUCAUGGUUCUUGUGGCAUUUGCUUUAAUAAUUUUAUUUGCUGUGAAAACACGAAGGAAGAUAGACCGUUAUGACAAAUCGAAUAUUCUUUGGGACAAGGAACACGUCUAUGAUGAACAACCCCCUAAUGUUGAAGAGUGGGUUAAAAAUGUUUCUGCAGGCACACCAGACAUGCCGCCACCACCAUCUGACUAUGUGGACAGAGUUGACAGUCCCAUGGCUUACUCCUCCAAUGGUAAAAUAAAUGACAAACGAUCUUACCCAGAUUCUUCCUUCAAAUCAACACCGGUGCCGGAGGUGGCUCGGGAGCUUCCCCUGACUUCACCUGUGGAUGACUACAGACAGCCUCGUUACAGCAGCAGCGCUGACUUACAGACCCCUUCAAAAUGGGCUCCCACGAAGGGAAGGGCAGGGAAGUCAAGGAGAACAGAGCAAGACCACUAUGAAACAGACUACACGACGGGCGGCGAGUCCUGCGAUGAGCUGGAGGAGGACUGGGUCAGGGAAUAUCCACCUAUCACUUCGGAUCAACAAAGACAUUUUUACAAGAAAAGUUUCGACACUGGCCUCCAGGAAUACAAGAGCUUACAAGCAGAACUUGACGAGAUCAGUAAAGAACUCUCACGUCUGGAUAAAGUAUUAGAUGACUAUAGAGAAGAAAGUGAAGAAUACAUGGCUGCUGCUGAUGAAUAUAACAGACUGAAGCAAGUUAAAAGAUCCUCAGAUUACAAAACUAAGAGGAAUUAUUGCAAAGAGUUGAAGAGCAAAUUGUCACACAUCAAGAAGAUGGUUGGAGAUUACGAUAAAAGGAAAACAUAG